AGGGGUUAACGCUCCUCUGGGUGGAGGCGGGGGCGGGCGUGGCUGGAGGCGGGCGUGGCUGGAGGCGGGGUCGUCCCAGCCGACGCCUCCGAGGACCGCCCGCGAGCCACCCUCCCCCUCCCCCACGGGCGCGACGCAGCUCGAGCUUGCUUCCCGGGCCGCGGCGCGUGCGCAAAAGCCCCGCCCAUCCGUCCCGGCCCCACCCCCACACCACAGCCUCCGCCGCCGCCGCCACCUCUCCCUUCCUCUCUGCUCUUUUCUCCUCCUGUUUUCUCUUCCCUCCUCCCCCUCGUCUCCGCGUCUCCUCCUCCGCCGGCGCUGACGCUCGCGUAGGGCCCUGGCGUCAGACGCGCAGGGGCGGGGCAAGUGCAGCGGGGGGUAUAAGUAGAGGGUACAGGAGGCGGUGCUUCCCCUUCUCCCCGGCGGUUAGUGCUGAGAGUGCGGAGUGUGUGCUCCGGGCUCGGAACACACAUUUAUUAUUAAAAAAUCCAAAAAAAAUCUAAAAAAAUCUUUAAAAAAACCCAAAAAAAUUUACAAAAAUUCCGCGUCUCCCCCGCCGGAGACUUUUAUUUUUUUUCUUCCUCUUUUAUAAAAUAACCCGGUGAAGCAGCGGAGACCGACCCGCCCGCCCGCGGCCCCGCAGCAGCUCCAAGAAGGAACCAAGAGACCGAGGCCUUCCCGCUGCCUGGACCCGACAUCGCCACCCUCGCUCCCCGCCCGCAGCCGGCAGUCGGCGGCAGCGGAUCGACCCAGUUCUGCGGCCGUUGAGUAGUUUUCGAUUCCGGUUGAUUUUUGUCCCUCUGCGCUUGCCCCCGCUCCCCUCCCCCCGGCUCCGGCCCCCGGCCCCGGCACUCGCUCUCUUCUUCUCACGGAAAGGUCGCGGCCUGUGGCCCUGCGGGCAGCCGUGCCGAGAUGAACCCCAGCGCCCCCAGCUACCCCAUGGCCUCGCUCUACGUGGGGGACCUCCACCCCGACGUGACCGAGGCGAUGCUCUACGAGAAGUUCAGCCCGGCCGGGCCCAUCCUUUCCAUCCGGGUCUGCAGGGACAUGAUCACCCGCCGCUCCUUGGGCUACGCGUAUGUGAACUUCCAGCAGCCGGCUGACGCGGAGCGUGCUUUGGACACCAUGAAUUUUGAUGUUAUAAAGGGCAAGCCAGUACGCAUCAUGUGGUCUCAGCGUGAUCCAUCACUUCGAAAAAGUGGAGUGGGCAACAUAUUCAUUAAAAAUCUGGACAAAUCCAUUGAUAAUAAAGCAUUGUAUGAUACAUUUUCUGCUUUUGGUAACAUCCUUUCAUGUAAGGUGGUUUGUGAUGAAAAUGGUUCCAAGGGCUAUGGAUUUGUACACUUUGAGACGCAGGAAGCAGCUGAAAGAGCUAUUGAAAAAAUGAAUGGAAUGCUCCUAAAUGAUCGCAAAGUAUUUGUUGGACGAUUUAAGUCUCGUAAAGAAAGAGAAGCUGAACUUGGAGCUAGGGCAAAAGAGUUCACCAAUGUUUACAUCAAGAAUUUUGGAGAAGACAUGGAUGAUGAGCGCCUUAAGGAUCUCUUUGGCAAGUUUGGGCCUGCUUUAAGUGUGAAAGUAAUGACUGAUGAAAGUGGAAAAUCCAAAGGAUUUGGAUUUGUAAGCUUUGAAAGGCAUGAAGAUGCACAGAAAGCUGUGGAUGAGAUGAAUGGAAAGGAGCUCAAUGGAAAACAAAUUUAUGUUGGUCGAGCUCAGAAAAAGGUGGAACGGCAGACGGAACUUAAACGCAAAUUUGAACAGAUGAAGCAAGAUAGGAUCACCAGAUACCAGGGUGUUAAUCUUUAUGUGAAAAAUCUUGAUGAUGGUAUUGAUGAUGAACGUCUCCGUAAAGAGUUUUCUCCAUUUGGUACAAUCACUAGUGCAAAGGUUAUGAUGGAGGGUGGUCGCAGCAAAGGGUUUGGUUUUGUAUGUUUCUCCUCUCCAGAAGAAGCUACUAAAGCAGUUACAGAAAUGAACGGUAGAAUUGUGGCCACAAAGCCAUUGUAUGUAGCUUUAGCUCAGCGCAAAGAAGAGCGCCAGGCUCACCUCACUAACCAGUAUAUGCAGAGAAUGGCAAGUGUACGAGCUGUGCCCAACCCUCCAGCACCUCCUUCAGGUUACUUCAUGGCAGCUAUCCCACAGACUCAGAACCGUGCUGCAUACUAUCCUCCUAGCCAAAUUGCUCAACUAAGACCAAGUCCUCGCUGGACUGCUCAGGGUGCCAGACCUCAUCCAUUCCAAAAUAUGCCCGGUGCUAUCCGCCCAGCUGCUCCUAGACCACCAUUUAGUACUAUGAGACCAGCUUCUUCACAGGUUCCACGACCUGCUGUUCAUGUACAAGGUCAAGAACCUUUGACUGCUUCCAUGUUGGCAUCUGCCCCUCCUCAAGAGCAAAAGCAAAUGCUGGGUGAACGGCUGUUUCCUCUUAUUCAAGCCAUGCACCCUUCUCUUGCUGGUAAAAUCACUGGCAUGUUGUUGGAGAUUGAUAAUUCAGAACUUCUUCAUAUGCUUGAGUCUCCAGAGUCACUCCGUUCUAAGGUCGAUGAAGCUGUAGCUGUACUACAAGCGCACCAAGCUAAAGAGGCUGCCCAGAAAGCCGUUAACAGUGCCACCGGUGUUCCAACUGUUUAAAAUUGAUCAGGGACCAUGAAAAGAAACUUGUGCUUCACCGAAGAAAAAUAUCUAAACAUCGAAAAACUUAAAUAUUAUGGAAAAAAAACAUUGCAAAAUAUAAAAUAAAUAAAAAAAGGAAAGGAAACUUUGAACCUUAUGUACCGAGCAAAUGCCAGGUCUAGCAAACAUAAUGCUAGUCCUAGAUUACUUACUGAUUUAAAAACAAAAAAACAAAAAAAAAAUAGUAAAAUAUAAAAACAAAUUAAUGUUUUAUAGACCCUGGGAAAAAGAAUUUUCAGCAAAGUACAAAAAUUUAAAGCAUUCCUUUCUUUAAUUUUGUAAUUCUUUACUGUGGAAUAGCUCAAAACAUCAGUUCUGUUUUAAGUAACAGAAUUGAAAACUGAGCGAGGAAACGUAAUUUGGAUUAUAAAAUUCUUGCUUUAAUAAAAAUUCCUUAAACAGUG